AAAAAUAGUAUUCAUCAAAUUCUGACAGGUGUCUUGAACGAAUCAAUGAGUUAUGAUUGUAAUAAACUCAAUUCUCUACUGUACGAUUUCAUUCUUCGUUGUAAUACCACAUGGAACAAAAUUCCAUGUUCAUAAUUCGAUUUUUUUUAUUUCGGCAAUAGCCACGAUCGAUGCGCAUGUGCAUUUCGCGAAAGAAUGUGAUUUCGACGUACAUUAUCGAACAAACAGUAUGAAUCUUUUCUGACAUUGAAAGAAACAAUUACUUGAAAUAUUUUAUACUUCUACCGAACAUGUUUAAUUCCCGUGGAAAAUAAUAUCAGUAAAUAAAGCAUUUUUUUGGACGAUCUCAAUAUGGAUGAAUGCAUAGUGAGUUCAUCACGUUCAUCCCUUGAAGACAAUGAAUCACCUGCACAGCCUCAAAACCAAAACUCAAGUUCUUCAGGUUCGGCCAAUCAAUCUGCAUCCGUUACUGAGCGUGAGACUCAAGUCAUGAAGAGAGAAAUAGAGAGUCUCCACAGUAGGUUAUCCCAAACGGAAGCUCUUCUCGAAAUUCGAGAAAAAAGUCGAGAAUUACUGCGAGAAGAGGCAGAUAUGCUCCAGUUCCAGGUGCUUUCAGAGGUUGAGAUGUCAGAGCAGCUGUUGUGUGAAUUGAAGACUGUCAUGGAUGAUACUCUUGAAGCACGCGAAGCUCAAAUGAAUGCGGAAGCCGAAUUGUUUCGAGUGAAGACCUCAAUGGAGAAGAAGAUGAAGGAAUUAAUAGAUGCGAGAGCAGAAAAUCUCCAGAGGGCUGGAAGAGAAACCAAAAAGAAGCUGAUCAUGGCAGAGCAAAAAAUAAUGCAAUUGGAAAAGCAAUUGCAGGAGCAUUUCCUGUUGCAGAAGGAAUUCGACCGUCAGAAAAUGGAACUUGAGAUUGCGAAAAUUACAAUACUGAAGUUACAGGCUGAAAUACCAGAAGCUAAUACGAGUACAUCAUCUUUCUCCGAUGCCGAAGAACGUUCUCCCCAUGCAAAAAAUGCGACAGAGUAUUUGCAAAUCAUGGACAAGUGAAGGAUCAUGUGUGGGUUUUCCAUUAUGAGGAGAAAUUUCAAUGUAAUUGCAAUUAUCGUCUCACAUGGAAGGCCGCAACAGGUGUUCAGAAAAAAGAGAACAUCCGUUUCUGAUUUCUCAGGAGAAAAAUCGGGAGGUGAAAAUUUGAUCUUAAGACUGUUCUUUUUUAAAUGCCUCAGUUUGGUCCUUCAUUUAUUCGUUAGAAAAAUGUUUAUAAAGAUUUUUUACGUUUAUCAAUAUUUUUCAAUAUCAUGACAUUACUACGUUUUUAUAUAUGUUUUGAAAGAAACUUGAAGUUCAGUUUCAAUUUCAUGGUGGGAGCGGUAGAAUAUAUUUUCAUACUUUCAUGCUUAUCGCCAUUUCUAGAAACCCCGAAAAUACCAAUUCUAUGUUUUUUUUUAUAAGAAAAAAUUGCUUGUCGAUAAGAAUAAGAACAAACUGUAAGAAAAUAAAUGUUGUAUCUAU